GUUCUUACAUAACAAGACGCUUCUUGCUGUUGAUCCGGACCACCCACGUCACAAGGGCUUGGCUAACCCACCACUUCAUCAUGAGUGUCAAGGAUCCAAUCACAGUUGGCCGAAUGACAUUGGAGAUGUCACAAUGGAUUCAAAGCUUAUGUGUGAGAAAAAAUUAAGACACUGGACAUUUAUAUGCCAGGAAGCGCAACCCUAUCAAGCCCGCUUAAGAAAACGCGUUCGAAAUCCGGUAGAUGAAGCGCACAAAAAAACUGCUCGUACUUUUGAUAUAAUAGUAUUGCCAACUUUUGAUAGUACACGGAUGUCACGACGUCGACAAGGAAGAAGACUUAACAAUAGGACAGUUCGAAAGAUGGGGAGCUAG